CUAUUUGACCGAAUAGGUAUAUAUUUGAUAUCAUUUUAACUCUUAAUUGGCAAGCAAUAAGUAGGUACGUAAUAAAUUCUUAAUUUCGUUUCAAAAUGCUGUUUAACGAGGAAGCAAAAACUGUAAAAAUAAUACUCGCCAUCAUAAACGUUUACGGUUCCAAAGGUUUAAAACUGAAAAAUUUAGAACAAGAAUUUAAAAAUUAUUGCGGUUUUCCGCUUCCGUACAAACAAUUUGGGAAUAAUAAUUUGAGAUCGUGGUUGCUAACAUUACCCGAUAUUUACUUGGUAAACGAUGAGAACGAUGAAGAAACAUUAUUUCAACACAGUGAAAAGUCGUAUCAUAUAAGACAACUAAUUUAUAAACAGAAAUCUAAUCAAGAAAAAACAAGCCAGGGUACUCGGUAUGGUAAUUUUCCUAAUAAUAAAAGAAAUAAUUUUAAAAAUUACAAAAAUGGGAAAUCAUUGUAUAAACAACAUAUCAACAACAAUAUUUCACACAUUCAUCAGUCAAUCAAUACUGUUGCUAUUAAUGAAACUGAUAGAUUUCGGGAAUUCAAUAAACUGGAAUCUAUGUUACCUUUGUUCUACAAUCAUCAAGCAUUAGGUGAUGAUUUUCUUUUAGACAUUGCAGACACAAAAUUUGGAUAUUAUGUUCCUGAUCAAGGUAGUCAAGAAUGUGGCCUUUGUUGUUCAGACCAAACUAUUUCAGAGUUAGCAAUGAAAAUAAAAAAUGCAAAAUAUUUGGCACCAAGAGUAGUUGUUAUGAUUGGCCUCACAGAUUUACUUAUGGGUAAAAACGUAAAUGACAUGAUAGUAGACCUCCGAAUGUUAGUAAAUGAGCUAAAAAAUAAAAACACCAGAGCUACAUUAGUUACUCUCGUACCAACACCCAAAAUGGCAAGUUUAAAUGACAGAUAUUUGACUCGUAUGCAAAUCUUUAACAAUGCUAUUCUGGACUAUAGCUUGUAUUCUACAGAGUUGAAAUGCAAUGUGAUUGACAUGUAUUCUAUAUUUCAAGAAGAAGAAAAUAAAUUUCAGAGAAAUAAUGAUAGACUGACCAAGCUUACUAGAAAGGACAAAUACAAGGUAUUUUCAGAUUUUGGUAGGAAAAUUUUCAUAAGUAAUCUGAAAACUUGUUUGAUUGAACAGUUGGUAGCUGGACACUAG